AUGGCCGAAAUUGCGGUGCUCCAUCUUCUAGCCAACUUUGCACCCUUCCUUCAGGGAGAGGUCAAUUUGCUGAGCGGGGUUCGGGAAAAGAUGGAAGACAUUAGAGAUGAAUUUGAGCGCAUGUCAGUUUUCCUCAAAGUUGCUGAUGCUAAGGAAGAAGAAAGUGAUCUUGAACUCAAAGUUUGGAUCAAACAAGUCCGAGAUGUUGCUUAUGACACAGAAGAUGUUCUUGACAAAUUCAAGCUUCACCUUGUACAUCAUCGCGACAAUGGAUUCGGUGGUUUUCUUUGUAAGGUUUUCUACUUCGCCAAGACUUUAAAAGCUCGCCACCAAAUUGCUUCUGAAAUACAAAGAAUCAAGUCCAAGGUCGUCAAUAUUUCCGAGGGACAUAAAAGAUACCAUGAUAAAUAUGGUAUACUAGAGCAAGGCUCAAGGUCCACUGUUGUUAACAAUGCAUGGUCUGAUUGUCGUGGCGAUGCACUUCUAAUCCAAGAAGCAAAGCUAGUGGGCAUUGAAAUGCCCAAAAGACAACUGAUGGAGUGGCUUGUCCAAGGAGGUUCGGGGUUGAAAGCGAUUUCUGUGGUGGGAAUUGGCGGCUUAGGCAAAACAACUCUGGUUAAAAAAGUCUACGAUGCUGCAGCCGUGAAGAAGCAUUUUAACAGCCAUGCUUGGCUCACUAUUUCGGAGGCAUUCGGGGUUGAGGAUCUCCUGAAGGACAUGAUUCAACAAUUGUUCCGUGAAAUCAUGCAACCAGUCCCUGUUGGAGUUGAAACUAUGAGCAUUAAUAGGCUAAAAUGUCUGGCUAAUGAUUUUCUGCAGCAAAGGAGAUACGUGGUUGUUUUCGAUGAUGUUUGGAAUGUCAAUGCUUGGGAGGCUAUCAAACAUGUGUUGCCUGACAACAAUUGUGGUAGCCGUGUCAUUCUCACAAUUCGUUUCGCCCAUAUAGCUCCUACUUGUAGCGAAGAAACUGAUGGUCAUGUUUAUACCUUGAUGCCGUUGUCCCAAGAGGAGUCUUGGAUGCUGUUUUGCAACAAGACUUUUCGGGGGAGCUUAUGCUGUCCAAACUUGAAGCAAAUUUCUCAUCGAAUCUUAAAAAGAUGCGAGGGAUUGCCACUUGAAAUUGUAGCGAUAAGUGGUGUUUUGGCUACAAAGGACAAACGCAGAAUAGAUGAAUGGGAAAUGCUUUAUCACAGCCUUGGUGCUGAAUUAGAGGGCAAUGACAAACUAGAGAGUAUGAAAAAAGCACUCUUUCUCAGCUAUAAUGAUCUGCCUUAUUAUCUAAAGAUUUGUUUCUUAUACUUGAGCAUUUUCCCGGAGGAUCAACAGACAUCGUGCAAAAGAGUAAUUGAACUUUGGAUAGCAGAAGGGUUUGUGAAUGGUAUUGAGGGGAAGACAAUAGAAGAAGUUGCAAAUGGCUACCUCGAUGAGCUAUUCAAUAGGAGCUUGAUUCAAGUGGCAAAUAGACAUCCAGAUGGAAGGCCUUCUAAAUUUCGUAUUCACGAUUUGAUGCGUGAAAUUAUUGUUUCAAAGGCGAGAGAGCAAAACAUUGUAAUAACAAUUUGCCGACAGGGCACAAGGUGGCUGGAGAAGGUCCGCCGCCUAUUGAUCCGAAGCACCUUGGAUAAUAUGGAAUAUAGUGAGCGUUCUUCUCGACUUCGUUCUCUGUUUGUGUGGGGGCCAAUGGAUUCAUUGCCUAUUGCAUCCUUGCGUGAGUUGUUUAGAAAUGGUUCGAGGCUGCUAAAUGUGUUAGAUUUGGGAGGUACUCCAUUGGAGGCUAUACCAGAUGAAGUUUUUAAACUAAUCCAUCUCAGGUACCUAGGUUUGAGGAAUACAAAAGUGAAGAUGGUCCCAAAGUUGAUUGGGAAGCUUGAGAACUUGGAGACCUUAGAUCUACAAGGAACCUAUGUGACUAAGCUUCCUGAUGAAAUCCUACACCUUCAGAGAUUGUGCACUCUCCUAUCAUUUCAUUUUAAAUCAAGAAGCAUUUAUUUUGAAUUUGGAGAUGUGAGUGGCUUUAAAGCUCCAUCUCAAAUAGGAAGCUUGCAAUCGUUACAAGUGAUAUCCCUGAUAGAGGCAGACCAAAGAAGUGGAUGUGGGAUUAGUAUAGUAAAAGAGUUGGGGAGGCUAACCCAACUAAGGGAGUUAGCCAUUUGGAAUUUAAGAAGAGAAGAUGGGGUGACUCUGUGCUCUUCCAUUGAAAAGCUCAGCAAUCUUCGCAAAUUAGAUAUAAUUUCAACCAAAGAGGAUGAGAUCCUUGAUCUGCAAUCUCUGUCUCCAGUUGGAGAAGUUUCUGCACUGGAUACCUUCUCUCCAUGGCCUUGUCACUUUAACUUUAGGGUGGAGCAAGUUAAGGGAUGA